CGUACCACUUCAUUCUUUUUCAGGAUUUGAAUAGAUAUAAAGAUCGGGACACUGAAACAACGGUCCACACAAUAUAACAUCCUAAAUAUUUAUCGAACGAAAUUCCUUCAAUAGUAUAUUUGAAAUAAAUAGAAUACGUUUUAUUUAAACUUCUUAAAGCGCAAUAUAUUAUGCAUUCAAUUAUGGUAUUAAUAAAAACGAUGCAUGAUAGCAAGAGAUAUAUUUAAAUCAAAGAAUUUUUGUAAUUAGAUACAUAUGUGUUAUAGAUAUUUGUCCACAACUCUUGUUCCGUUAAGACCAAAUGUUAUAAAUAAAAAUAUAAAACCAAAAAUAGUUUGUCGCUGUGCUUGGGUUACAUUCAUAUCUUCAGACAACUAAUCUACUAUUUACGAAAAAGUUUGCUAAUAACAGGUAUCAACGGCAGUGGAUGUACUCUAAUGAACACUACAUACAACCGACAUAUGCAUACAUACAUACAUGGAAAUUUAAAAACCAAGAAUGGUACUUCAGAAAUAUUAUCAUCAUAUCUGAUGAUAUCACUUUUAAUAAAGCACACGCACCAGAAGUAAAAGUCAGUGAAUCUUCUUCAUUUGUAUGUGAUUAGAGUUGAAAUGGCACCCGUCAAUGUCGAUCGAAAGCUGAAGCAUUUAUUUGAUGGAAGCGACUGGAAUGUUUAUGAUGAAAACAUCCUUAAUUUGGGCGUAGGUGCUCCAGGUCCAGAUUUAUUGGAGAACUGUUGUGAUAUUUUUGAAGCAGCCACAAAGCAUAGACUAAAAUAUGAAAAACAAAGCAAUUUAUCUUAUCUUUUCCAAUACGGGCCUACAAGUGGACCAGUAGAAAUACGAAAUGCUAUCGCAGAAUACUUCAGUUCUCUGUAUGUUGACGAUCCCGUAAAAAGUGAGGACCUUAUUAUUACAACUGGUGCAUCGCAAGGAUUACAUUUCGUCUUAUCAACUUUGCUUGAUUUAAAUGGCGUAAUUUUUGUUGACGAAGUUACUUAUAUGAUUGCACUGGAUACUAUCAAGCAAUUUACAACUUUUACCAUUAUACCGCUGAAACUUAAUGAGGAUGGAGUCGAUGUGAAGGAACUUGAAAAAAUAGUACGGGAAAAACGGUUUCAAUCAAAAUCUAAAACUUUUUGGGCCAUGUACUAUACCAUUCCAACUUUUCAUAAUCCAACUGGUAUACUUUUUUCUGAAGGCAUUUGCCAAACUCUUGCGAAUUUAGCAAGAGAGUAUGACUUUUUAAUACUCUGUGACGAUGUUUAUAAUAUCUUAAAUUACAAACGUUUGGGGCCAACGAAACGCUUGUUUGCCUACGAUAAUGAUUCAGGAAAUAUAAUUUCAAAUGGUAGCUUCGCAAAGAUAAUUGGACCAGGUGUACGUGUAGGUUGGUUAGAGGUACCCGCCCGGCUAAAACCAAUUUUAGAAAAUUCUGGUAUCUUAAAUAGCGGCGGCUGUUUUAAUAAUUAUACAUCGGGCAUAUUAGCCAGUCUUUUUGAACUAAAAUUGGCACAAGAACAUAUUGCCAAAAUGAAGCAUGCUUAUAAAGAACGUAUGUUCGCAGCUUGUGAAGUACUUGAAAAAAAUUUGCCUGUUGGUUGCAAAUGGACUAAACCGUCGGGAGGAUAUUUCAUUUGGAUUUCACUACCAACGAAUACAGAUGUUGGAAAACUUUUACAAACAUGUUUGCAAGAUGAGAAAAUAUUUUUUAUUCCCGGUUCCCGUUUUGCUUACGAACCUACGGUGGGAAAUAAUUGUUUACGUUUAUCUAUUUCAUUUCACAGCAAGGAGAAAUUAGUUGACGGUGCCACACGCUUCUGUGCACUGCUGAAACGUUAUUUGGGAGAAACCCAAAAAUAAAAAAAAUAAACUUUUAAAACUUAUAUACAUAUGUAUGUAUCUACAUAUAUUAUAUUACAAUGCAAUAAUAUAUUGGCCAAAUAU